AUGGAAGAUUCUACUGAUUUUUUUGAAUUUGUGAACAAUGAAAAUCCUUAUGCUUUUUUGCGAAAUUAUGCAGACAAUUCUUUUAAGAACCCAAAAAUAAAAGAUAAACUAGAUGCUUUACAAAAAAUCCAACCCAGUUUUGUUCCAUGUAUUGUCGAUCAAACUGUAUUUGCAAAUGAAAGAACUACUAUUAUAAAUUUUAUAAUAAGAAAUGGUAUUAAUGAAAAUAUAAUGAAUGGUACCGAGAUUUUAAAUAAAAAUAAUAUAGAACACGAUAUCGGUAAACAUGAAAUUGUAAAUCAAAGCGGAACUUUAGAAUUACGUGCUAAAGCUGCAGAUUUAAAAGAUCUAGGAUUUGAUACUAGCUAUGUACACAAGCGUAGAUACAAUAUUACGGCGCUUAACACCAUUUUAGAAGUUUUUAAAAAUCACAUUGAAUUGGAUGGAAUGGAGGAUAUUAUUCUUAAUAUUUUUAGGCUAAAGCUUAUUAAUAAACAGAAGCUUUUAAGAGACAAGGUUUUUACCGCUGUUAAUGAGAAAUUAGAUAAUGAAGCUGUUCUUAAAAUUGAUUUACAAAAAGAAAUAAUUGAUGAUCAAAUGGAAGAGGCUAGACAACUACUUAAAUUAGAAAAAAGUUGA